CAAUUCUCGGCUCGUCUCUCAUCCCAUGCAGCGUUCCAUCCGACUUGAAAAAUAUUGCAAAAAUCAACUGCCGGCAGCUACACAUGGUACACCUAUCUCUCACGCCGAUUGUUGCCAGGCCUCGGGUGCUAGACAGGCAGAAUCAUGGACGGCCUACUCACUCCAGUCAGCACCACCUACCUCAAGGCAACCCGCGACACCGAGCCGCUUCUCAAGGAGGUCAAGCCAGCACAAGAGGUCAAAGAGACAACUAUCCCAUCCAAGGUUUCCUCGCCCGACGAGGCCCUGGAGAUUCUCAAGAACCAGCCAGACUACGACACGCUCAUUGCAGUCCUGCGCUUCCUGGCCCCCGACUCAUCCUCGGCAACGGCAUUCCACUUGCAAACCCCGAGCCCCAAAAGUGCUGCCAUAGUUCAUAUUUUGGUCACCGAGAUCAUACCAAACUACUGGACACUCCUUAAAGAAGAGUCAACCCACGAUGGCACCGGGCCACUUUCCGCUAACGCCGAUGAUGCCGAGCUGGCGCGACGGUGUCUGCGGAGCGUCACGGGCCUCAACGCUGUCAUUACGCAUCUCAAGACCAUAUUGCAGGAGUUUAAAGCCGAAGGAAAAGGCCCUAAGCGGCCCGAUCUUCACCUUCACCUCACGCUGUUUAUGGAUCUCCUUGGCGGGCUAUUAGAGGGCCAACACACCAUUCGGGCGAUUUGGAUCUCCUCCACCACCAGGCUCGCCGAGGCCGCGCCGCGCAAGAUUCAGUCCCAGCAACUGCUGUCAGCAAUUAGCAGCGGUCGCAUACUGUCCACUGCCGCCGAGGCGGCUGUCGUCGGGACAGACGAGGUUCCAGCCAACUCUCGCUGGCUUACCGACGGCAUCGAGUUUAGCAAGUGGAUCAGUCUGAACGUUGCAUCAUGGGUAAAGCGAGAGCCAGAAGGCGUGGAGACUGCAUUCUGCGCAGACCUCAUUCAACGAUCUUUAUCGCUAGGCUACACUAGCACAGUAGCAAAGACGAUGGUCGAUGAGCUGUUGCUCUCCAAGGAUGGACGGCCGGAAGCCUUCUCCACCGUCUGCCUCCAACAGCCCCUGGCGUCGAAGAAAAUGAUGAAGCUUCUGCUUGAUUACUUGUCACAGCGCUUUCUGAACAGCCUGGCUUUAAACGACUCGAGCUCGAACAAUGUCGUGUCAGCUGUUGCCGGUGUAAUCGAUGCCGUUGCGGCUGGCGACGCUGCCCUCGCGACAAUUUUGGUGGACUGGUGUACCGCCGCCUCGGGAGCUGGGUUAGGCGACCAAAUCGGCAUUCGGCGUGCCGUGCUCGCCGUUCUGGCCAAAAACAAGGAGACGAUCACAACAGUCUUGGAAAAGAGCCUGGCACAGUUCGGUGACCAGCUAUACAUCAAGCACGCCGCCAUUCUGCAGCAAGAAGCUCACACUCAGAUACUACUACUGAGCGCCGGCUACGUAGCCAGACUAUCUCCCAUCAAGCUUUCCAUGCUUCUGCGUUCUGGCACAUACCUAUCCGCCAUAUCAAAUCGCAUAGCUGCAACACACGCCAGAGCUCGCUUUUUGGGGAUGGCAGUCGGCGAGUCUCUAUCGGGGUUGAUUGAUAAUAAGUCCAAGAAACUUAACUUCCAUAUGGAGGAGAUGGACACCGACGAGGCCGAGUGGUUCAAGGGUCUAAGCAGUAUUUCUGACUCAGUUGGUUCCUUUGAUUUUCUGCUCUCUUCUUCCCCAACCCUGUCACCGCCCAAGCCACCUAAGGUGGUAAAACCCACAUCUAAAACGCGAAAAGCAAAAGCAAAGGCUACUGUUUCAGCACCAGUGCCCAAGGCCAUAAUUGAGGAGGUCGAUUCGUCUGACGAGGAAGAAGAUCUGAAGCCCUACGCUAAAGGGUCAGAUCCUGAAGACUCGGACGAUGAUGCCACCCUCGUCCAGCGCAACAAGCCAAAAGCCCCAGUCUACAUCCGUGACCUCAUCACCUACCUCCGCGACUCGGAAAACUAUGACAAGCAGAAGCUGGCUCUCCAGACAGCUCCCGUGUUGAUACGGCGAAAGGCGAAUUACGGCACUGAGGUCAGCUCCCACGCCGACGAGCUCGCUGGGCUGCUGGUGGGGCUUCAGGACAGGUUCGACAUUGAAGACUUCGCCGAGAAGAGGCAGCAGGGGAUGAUUGCUCUCGUGGUGUCUCAGCCAAAGUCCAUGGCGCCUUGGUUUGCGCGCACCUUUUUUGAAGGCGACUACUCCCUGGCCCAGAGGACGUCUAUACUUGUUACUAUAGGUCUUUCCGCAAGGGAAGUCGCUGGCUACGACACUUCCCAGUAUCAGGCAGCGGCAUCUUUUCCCUCUAAAAGGCUCCCGGGGAAGAUUGAGCAGCUUUACCUCGAUCCGUCACAGAAGCCUAACCGGCUACCUGCGUCUCAGCUCAGGGCCCUGCCUGCAAACGCCAUCGACGGCAUCGCUCAGUCGGUGACAUCUUCAUUCCUCGCCCCACUGGCCGCCGAAGCUGCGGACGCCACGACUGGCCCCGACGUACUUAAACUACAAACAUUCACGGCGCGGUACAAGUCUAGUGCCAAAGCAAAGCCUCGCGUCCGCGCCAUCCCGAACACGACCGCCGCGCUCCUCUCGGCAUCCUUCUUCUUUCCCCUGACCGCGCACUUCCAGGUCGCCCUCCGCUCGUCCAGGCCCGUCGUCUUGAACCCAGCCCUCCUGUCUCUCUACCUCCAGACUCUGGGCAUCGUCGUCAACGCAGCCGGCCCCUCCACGCUGUCCCUGCCUCAACUGACGUCUGAGCUGUGGGACCUGCUCCUGCGCGUGCGUGUUCACGUCGCGGGCGACGUGUCCGCCCUCAAGGGCUGGUUUGUCGCCAUGGCCGUGCUCCUCGAGGUCAACGACGGCGACAUGCGGAGGUUAUGUGCGGAGCAGGGCAGGGAGGUGGUCGAGACGCGGGAGUGGGUCAGCGGCGUGUUCGAGAGGACGAGGGGCGACCAUGACGGCGGGGAGGAGAAUUACGUCAAGAUGCUGGCUGCCGGUGUGCUCAUCAAGUUGGGCGAGGCCAUUGAGAAGUAUCAGGCACUUUUGCUGGGCGAUUUAGUGAGCUUCUCGUAGCAAUCACGAUGAGACGGCGUAAACACGUGUAUAAAAG